AUGGCUCCGCCGCCCCUCACUCCCUCGCCCUCGGGAUCAAUUGAGCGAUUGGCCGAUGAAUUGGCACCUACCUUACAACAGUUGAAAUCCCUCACGAGCAACUCGAUCACCCUCCCACAAGCCCUUUCGGCUACCGAGCCUCUUCUCCGUCUCCGCCAUACAUUUAUUGACGAUGCCCGCCCACGAACCGCCAAGGACACAUUUCGACACUUGCGGGGUUUUCAAACCCUCUUAGACCUGGCAGGCCAGGUCGCGGAGCUCUAUGAUGGCGAAGCUUUUUCGAAGGAGGAGAGAAAAGAGACGUUGGGUAUAUAUAAGGACGUUUUGGGAGUGCUGGCCGAGGCAUUGAAGGAACAUUUUGGUAACAGACGAUAUUUCGCUCGUCGCGUCGCUGGAGGGGGAACGGCAGCGUUGGAGCGCUCUCUGACGGUGCUUGUUGGGAAAGUACAGCAUGUCGAAAAUGAUGCACAGCAUUUGUACGGCGCAGUCCUUGCUGCAGCUCUUUGCCAGGAAACGGUCGCAGGCAUUUUUAUUACUCUGUCUGCCAAGUUUCCACACGAGGCUGGUUGCAAAUCUUCAAAGGAAAUGCGGAAAGCUGUGGACCAGUGUCUAGGAUCAGCUGAGACGGUAGAAGUGGCAGAGCUCAUGGGUCCGUUUGUACGUGUCUGGGUAUCCCAGUCUGCUUCCUUUGCCGACAGUGACAUUCUGCGAUUGGCCAUACCGGCAUCUAUUUGUCAAUUGGCCUCUCAAUCAUUAAGGAAUGUCGUGGCUUUGCAUGCUACUGGGAUGCUUACUUCUAUCAUUCCACUCCUGUUCGAUAAAAGCCGAACGGCCAUUGAUUUGGAGCUUUAUCAAGAUUUGGCCCGGCUUCUUAGUGCUCAAGGAAUCAGUAGCUUGGAUGACGCCGUGUCCUUGUACCGACGAGCGCACGAAAAUCCACAGGCAUUGGGAUUUCUUGUGACUGCCCUCAGAUGUUCCAAGGAGCCUCCUUCCAUUCAGUUCGAUCUGUCUUUGCAUGGAUUCUGUUCGGUGGAGUUUGCAACCUUAGGCCGGCCAUUUCCCCCAAAUACUUCAGCGGGGUACACUUUGGCAGCAUGGGUUCGGUUUGACGAAUUUGACUUGAAUACACAUACCACAAUAUUUGGCGCAUUCGACGCCAGCCAAACAUGCUUCUUGCUCGCGUAUCUUGAAAAGGAUACUCGACAUUUCAUUCUUCAAACAUCCAUCCGUGGGCCUCGACCUAGUGUGCGGUUCAAGUCUGUUAAAUUUCAGUCUGGUCGCUGGUAUCAUAUUGCCCUGGUGCAUAAACGUCCCAAACUUGCAGCCUCUUCCCGUGCAUCUUUAUUCGUAGACGGCGAGUUUGUGGAGCAGCUGAAGAUUGACUACCCCACGGCCCCCACAGCUAACCAUCCAAGCCAAUCUCCCCGCAUACAAGCAUUUUUUGGAACGCCCCAAGAUCUGGCCAUGCGUCUUGGAAAGGGGGUUUCCACUUCGAGAUGGUCACUAGCAAAUGGCAUACUUCUGGAUGAAGCUUUCAGUGACGAUCUGAUAGCUGUUUUCUACAAUUUAGGGCCUCGCUAUUAUGGCAACUUCCAAGACUGUCUUGGCUCGUUCCAAACCUACAGAGCUUCCGCAACCUUGAACUUGCGUAACGAACACCUCCAUCCUGGGAAAGAGGAGUCAUCGGAUAUCGUGACUGCCAUCAGAAAGCGAGCCAGCACUUUGGUGCGCGAGAGUUCGAUAUUGAUCAACGUUUCCCCUGUUGCUAUUCUUGAUGAUGACGACAGCAACAAUGUCGAUGAAUCACAGCUGAUAAAGUUCUUGUCAAAGCAAGCAGCCAAGAGCUUGCAGCAGCUGACCAAAGCGGGUGGGAACGCCGUUGCUGUUAAUGGAGCCACCCCUGCCAUUAAUGAUGGCCUGACUCAACCACAGGGAGUGGGAAUUUUGACGGGAGACCCUGUAGUAGCAGUUCCCUGGUCAUUGGAUGACGCGAGCUGGUGUUUGGGUGGAUGUGCUGCUGUUCACCUCAGCUUAAUACGAGCCUCUGACUCUCCCACAAGCCUGGGAUUGGCCGUAGAGGCCCUGUACGAAGCGGUUCAAGACAACUGGAGAAAUAGCGAAGCCAUGGAACGAGAAAAUGGCUAUGGAAUACUUGCAGCCUUGCUAAGAGAGAAAUUGGGAGUUCAGCUUGGACAGUCCUCCUCAAAUAAGUCUGCCGUGGCUAACUCCACUACCGAGGAGCAAACUACGCUGACUCUCCGCCUACUCCACCUAACUCUGAAGUUUGUGGGAUACAACUUUAAGAACCCCAGCCAUUCGUUGAUCACAAAUCCGCUUGCAUAUCGGGUGUUGUUAGUUGAUCUGGAUAUAUGGCGUCAUGGAGAUGCACCGGUGCUCAAGUUGUAUUACACCCAAUUCAGUACCUUUGCCACAGAUAGCACCUACCGCCGCUUUAAUGCGAAGAGGCUUGGCCGUAUGCGUGUCAGCAAGAAAUUGAUUGAGACCUUGAAGGGCGGCGAGCUUUCCUCCGAAACACUGACUUGUUGUCUUUCCUCUUUCCGAUCUUUGAUGGAGAGCAGCAUGUCUCCUGAUCUCCUGCGAUCCUUUGCCCUAUCGAUAACAUACACUCUUCAUCUGCCCAAGCCCACGUCUACCCUGAAAAGAGCAAAAAGCUUGCGAUUUGCAGCAGCGUCCUCUAGACCUAGCUCGUCGAAGUCAAACCCCGAGAAUCACCUCUCGGCUACUGCGCAGGGAAUUGAAAUGCUACGGCUGUAUGCAGCAGUUUUAUGCAAUCAACAUGACUCGGCUCCUUUGAAGAAAUUCGCGAAAGCAGUCACAAACAAGUGGCUCCUUUAUCUCUCGUGUGAAGAUGAACCCGAGGUUGUUGUUAUGGCAAUCAAGAUUCUGGCUCGGCUAUUAGUAGUCCAUGGCAGUGGAUACAGCAAGAAGUUUUCAGACAAGAAUGGCGGAUACAUCAUCUUGGAACAUCGCCUAAAAAGAUGGUGGAAUAUUCCGGCAUUGUGGCCCGUUUGCUUCGCCAUUCUAUUUGGACGAGACAUUGCAUUAUUAGACCUUGAACAGCCCUUUGACGCCCCUGGACUUCUUAAACUGUUCCUGAGUGAUGGCGACCUUCGUAUAGUCUAUCCGGAGAUGCUCCCUGUCAUUGCUGGUCUGUUAAAGAGUGGUCUGAAGAGCAUCGUUUUAACGGACGAUGUUGUUGCUGAAACAGCAACACAGAAACACAAUCUUGAUUCUAAGGGUCUUAAAUUGUCAUCAAUGAACUCCCCAGAUGCCUCUUUGGAGCAGCGAAAAGCGCAAGGAUAUUCCAUGCUAUUGUCCAUUGUCGAGUUCUUAGCGCAGGCCCGGUCUAUCUCACGGAACUUUCAAGAGUUUACAGAUCAAUCCAACUAUGUCCAGGCAAUACUGACAAUACUUUACCCCACUGUUGUCAGUUCAGACUCAAUUAGUCCAAACACAGAAUUAAGCACUCGAUAUGGUGGGCUCUCAUUUGAUGACAGCAGUCUUGUGCUGCGGCCACGCUCGAGGGCCACCAGUACAGCAAAUGUGCUGCAGACUACACUAGUCGAAUUCCCAGCCGCGGCUGAGGAUAAUUCUGGUCCUUUGCGCCGUGGUUCUUCGUUCAUACUUGUUUCCUCGGACAAAUCAAAAUUUCAGCCAUCUUCAGCUCGUAUCCGGCGAGUCGUUCACCCCACCUAUUCUCCUGGAGGAUCCGCGGCAAAUCAUCCUCUCGUCAACGCUAUAUUUGGCUUGGCUCUCACAAUAUUUGAGGAUCAUCUGUUAGAACGGAAAGAAUUCUCGGGCUUUGGACUUUAUCAUAAGACUCCACCUGGAUUUUUGGAACAUCAAGCAUUCUUCAACUCUUGGAUUUUCAAUCGCCUCCUUUUGACUUUGAAAGAUCUACCCACCACCAAACCUCAUCUUCUUGAGGAACCUCGUACUCUUACCAAUAUCUCUCGCUUGGCAACACACCUUGCAGAAGCUGUCUAUGAAGGAUGGUUCAUUGAUGGGGCAACCUCCAGCCUUGAAUUCCUUGGGUCAAUCCUGGAAUACAUCCAGAGACCAGAUGUCUCGAGCAUGAAGAGUAUUCGACUAUGUAACCAAGCAGUUGCAACUAUACAUUCUGCAUUAUACAGAAUCGUUCUCCUCCAACUGUCAGAGGCAGACGAGAAUGAGACUUUAACUGUGUUGAAACGUUUGAACUAUUGGCAGGUAGUGCUUCUCGCAGCAGCGGAGAUUGAAACACAGCAUAUCCAAUUGCUUUUCUACCUGCUGUACAGCAAGUUGAUAGGCACUGGAGAGCAGAUUCGUCUGGCGGCUGUAAGCCUUUGGAGAAUAAUUUUGGUACAAAAGCCCGAUGAGGUCUCUGAUCUACUGGGCCAUGGGCCUCCAAUUCUACAACGUCGACUUGCGGAUGGGUUCGAAGCUCUGGCGGGAAUGGAUGAUGAAGCUUUCUUGCGUUGGAUUGAUGACGAACGUGAUGAUCUCGAUGCUCUUUUCUUCGGCAUCAUCGCUCGAUCAUGGGAAGUAUUUGUUCAAGAGGAGAAUACAAAGGGUGAGGAAUCUGCGAAAUCCCGAAUGGCAAAGCGCAAGGAAAAGCUCAAACAAUGGGCCCAGCUGGAGAAGUUUGAUGAAGACGUCACUCGUAAGCAUGAUGCCACUCUGCCUCAUUGGGUCUCCAAUAUUUCAUCAUCAGAAACUCUCAAAUCCCAAAGGUUUUUACAAGAUCUUCAGGAUAACUCAGCUUUCAUGUGGUCUGCGCUCUCCAACCUGCUACUAGAUCUCCGCCGACUAGGCGGUCUUCUCUCUGACAAGAAAGAGAGGAAGUACAGACUAGAUCAGACCGAAGGCCGCAGUCGUAUGCGAUUACGUGUCGUUCCAGAUGAGUCAGAUGACCGCCAAGACUAUCAGCCCAAGCGCAAGGCUUCUGAGCCCCCAGUGCUGAAGAUUGACACUCGAGUGCGGGCGUUGUCGGAAGGUGAAGCUGUGGGAACACCAACGGCACUAACAGAGGAGCCUGAGGCUGUUGAAUACGAGGGGCAAGAUGCCGACGCUGAUAACCGCAGCAUGCUGGAGGAGAACUUUGAAAUGAUCGAUGACCCCAAAGUCGAGAUCGAAGAGUACGAAGACAAAAACCGCAGGGUAAUGCGCUCGCUUCAACGAGGGGAUCAGGUACAGAAUGUUUGCAACCAGUCUCGAAUCAUUGGUCUGGAAGCCGUCGAGGGCCUUUUGAUACUUGGCAAAGACUGCAUCUACAUUCUAGACAACUUCUUCCAGAGAGCCGAUGGUGAGAUUGUCAAUGUUUGGCAAGCACCUUCAGAGGAACGGGAUCCCUAUGUGCGGAUGAUCGCUGGGCGAGAAUCCAACGACCGUCGCUCUCAAGAACAUGAAACACGAAGUUGGAAAUGGUCUGACUUGGUCAGCGUCUCCAAGAGACGUUUCCUAUUCCGUGACGUUGCUCUCGAAAUAUUCUUUACUGAUGGAACCAGCUACCUGUUGACCUUUUUCUCUGCUCGAGUCCGAGACGAGCUAUGUACUCAGCUCGGCAACCAAGCUCCUCAGGUCACUGGAAGCGUUGGGCACUCGCGGCCGGAGGAUAUCUGGCGUUAUGAGACUCUGCGUAGCCAAGAUGAUGCACCACAAUCUCUUGGGUCUAAGUUUGCAAGUGUAUUUGGUCAUCUUCCCUCCAGCCCAGCGACGCGAAAAUGGGUUCGUGGCGAAAUUUCCAAUUUCCAUUAUCUCAUGUUGAUCAAUACGCUCGCUGGCCGAACGUUCAACGAUUUGACGCAGUAUCCAGUUUUCCCAUGGGUUCUCGCAGACUACACGAGUGAGGAGCUUGAUCUCUCUAAUCCCAAGAGUUUCCGUGAUCUAUCCAAGCCCAUGGGUUGCCAAACCCCAGAUCGUGAAGUCGGGUUCCGCGAACGAUACAAUGCCUUCGCAGAGAUGGGUGAUGACGACUCUCCCCCAUUCCAUUAUGGAACGCAUUAUUCGUCUGCUAUGAUCGUCAGCUCAUACCUUAUCCGUUUGCAACCCUUUGUCAAGUCAUACCUGCUACUGCAAGGUGGCACAUUUGACCAUGCAGAUCGACUCUUUUACUCAAUCCGGAAAGCAUGGGAAUCCGCCUCUCGGGGAAACAUGACUGAUGUUCGUGAACUGAUUCCGGAGUUUUUCUAUCUCCCGGAGUUCCUGGUGAACUCAAACAAGUAUGAUUUCGGGAUACUACAGAACACAAGUACAGUCAUCGAUUCUGUUGAGCUCCCGCCAUGGGCUAAAGGGGAUCCUAAGAUCUUCAUUCAGAAACACCGUGAGGCUCUUGAGAGUCCAUAUGUAUCUGAAAACCUUCACCAUUGGAUUGACCUUGUGUUCGGUAGCAAGCAGAAAGGCGAGGCUGCCGUCGAGUCGGUCAAUGUUUUCCAUCAUCUCUCGUACAAGGGUGCAAAAGAUUUGGAUGCCAUCGAUGAUCCAAUGGAGAGACUGGCGACUAUCGGCAUCAUUCAUAACUUUGGUCAAACGCCUCAUCAAAUUUUCCAGCGAACUCAUCCCCAGAGAGAAGAGCAGCGCCAUCGAAUUCCUCGACUGGAUACUCUUGCAGAGUCAUUGACCCAGAUGCCACUUUCACUUCUUGAUAUCGAAGAACGCGUGAACACACUCUCUAUGAAGCAGGAUCGUCUACUAUGUACAGCUGCACUUAGGUUGAACGUGCCUCCCACAUAUGAUCAGUACAUGGAAUGGGGAUUCUUUGAUGGCAGUGUUCGGUUCUAUUCUACGGAUAAUCGCAAGCUACUCGGCCACUUUGAGCAUCUUCAUGUUGGCCAGCUCUCCUUAGCCAGCUUUGCAGAUUCACGCACUCUCAUUACAUGUGGCACCGACUGCACCAUCUCUCUAUGGACGGUUACCUCAACAUCUCGAUCGGUUGAUUUGCAACCCGUCGGGUCUCUUUUUGGGCAUCGUGCUCCAGUUUCUGUCCUUGCAGUUUCCCGGUCAUUCAGCACCUUGCUAUCAGCCUCCAAUGAUGGCCAGAUCAUGCUGUGGGAUUUGAAUCGACGAUGCAUCGUACGAGCUCUGCCUUCCAGUGGAACAGUUGAUUGUGCGCGAAUCAACGACGUGACUGGCGACAUCAUUGUGUGUCGGGGCAAUCGCAUCACCAUGUAUACCUUGAAUGGCGAGGUUCUCGUCGACCAGCCGGUCUGUGAAUCCAGCGAUGACCACGUCCUGUCCUGCGUCUUCUACGAGGGCGUCCAAAACGAAUGGCUCGAACGAGAGCUUGUAUUGACGGGUCACAAUCGAGGCGUGGUCAACAUCUGGGCCAAGAAUGUCCAUGAUGGACGAUUUGAACUGGAACUGAUCCGGCAACUACAUCAUACAGACAACACCCGCGACACGGGUGCCAACAUCUCUGCCGGAAUCAGUUGUAUUUUAGCACUCCCUCAAGUUGUUUAUACUGGGGAUGAGGUUGGCCGCGUGUAUGAGUGGAACUGCAUCCAACGCCGUUGA